CAACCUCUACAAAACACAGCAUCCUGACCUUUGACAGUCAAUGAAAUUAUGGCUGACUUCAGUGUGUUCUUGAUGGAUUAUUAACUAAAGUGAACUAAUCUUUAUAGACUCCUGAAAGUAUCAGUGGACAAGAUUCCUACCGGUUGCAGGAGCUGUCGUUAAAGUAUCUCAUUGUUCUCCUAUCAGGCAGGCAUGGAGCGCCUCGGAUAGUUGGUUGGAAAAACAGAAUAAAAACGGACCCUGAACUCUUUGGAUCAUCUUGUAGACGGCUUAAAAUGAAAUGUUGGUAAUGGAACAUUUAUAACUGGACCUGAGAAGAGUUUAAGGAUAAUUAAGACGGAAGAACGAUCGACUUAGCAAUAAUACAUCAAACAGAAGCUCCUCUGCUGAGAUAACUAUGGUUGGUACAGGUGGUCCAGUGGCCACUUUCUCUGUGUGGGAUUAUGUCGUGUUUGCUGGAACUAUUUUGGGGGCAUCUGGCAUUGGCCUUUUCCAGGCCAUCAGAGGCCGUAAAGAAUCCAGCAACGUAGAGUUCUUGCUGGGUGGGAGGCAAAUGACAGCUGUGCCUGUUGCCAUGUCACUUACUGCUAGCUUCAUGUCUGGCAUCACAGUUAUUGGCACACCUGCCGAGGCUUACCGGUUCGGAACUGCCUUCUGGCUCUUUGGCUUUUCCUAUACCAUCAUGUCUGCCAUCACUGCGGAGAUCUUUGUCCCGCUUUUCUACAGACUGGGGAUCACCAGCGCCUAUGAGUACCUGGAGUUGCGCUUCAGCCGGCCCAUUCGAAUAAUUGGAACAUCAAUGUACAUCGUACAGACGGCCCUGUACACCGGUCUGGUCAUCUAUGCUCCAGCUCUUGCACUGAAUCAAAUCACAGGACUGGAUCUAUGGGGAGUGUUGGUGGCUACAGGAGCAGUGUGCAUCCUCUACUGCACUUUGGGCGGUCUGAAAGCAGUAAUCUGGACAGACGUGCUGCAGAUGGUGAUCAUGCUGGCGGGGUUUGUGGCUGUUAUUGCUAGAGGAGCCGUGCUACAAGGAGGCCUGACGAAGAUAUGGGAAGACGCGGACCAAGGAGGCCGACUAGAGGCGUUUGAUUUUGACCCAAAUCCGCUGAAGCGACAUACUUUUUGGACUAUUGUAGUCGGUGGCAGCGUCAUGUGGGUGUCUAUCUACUCAAUCAACCAGUCCCAGGUGCAGCGCUACAUUUCUUGCAAAACUCUGGGACACGCCAAGAUGUCUUUGUAUGUCAACAUGGUUGGCUUGUGGGUUACUGUGAGUCUGGCUAUGUUUUCUGGACUCACCAUGUACUCCAUAUACAAGAACUGUGACCCACUUACAAACAGUGAUAUAGGCACCCCUGACCAGCUGCUGCCCUACCUGGUGAUGGAUAUUCUGGCAGACUUCCCUGGAAUCCCUGGAUUAUUUGUGGCAGCUGCAUACAGUGGUACUCUGAGCACAGUGUCUUCCAGCAUUAACGCCCUAGUAGCUGUCACUGUUGAAGACUUUAUUCUUCCAGUGUGCAAAAACCUCACACAGAGACAGACAACCUGGAUGAACAUGGGCCUGAGUGUAUUUUUCGGUGCCUUGUGUAUUGGGAUGGCUGGAGUGGCUUCACUGAUGGGGAGCAUUUUGCAGGCAGCUUUGUCCAUAUUUGGCAUGAUCAGCGGGCCUCUUCUUGGUCUUUACCUAUCAGGAAUGCUUUUCCGCACAACAAAUUCAGUAGGAGGACUUGUGGGAAUGAUCAUUGGUCUAGUUUUGACUCUAUGGGUGGGGAUCGGAGGCCAGAUUUACCCACCAACCAUUGACAAGACAAACCCUCUACCACUCAGCACGAUAGGCUGCAACAGCACAAUGGGCCAAAACUUCACAACAGCAGCUCCCUGGACCAGCCCAGUGCCAACGCAGCCUGAUAUCAGACCUGCUCUGGCAGACUCCUGGUACUCUCUGUCCUAUGUCUACUUCUCCCUCUUGGGUACACUGACUACAAUGGUGUCUGGCCUGCUGGUGAGCAUGAUCACAGGUGGAUGCAAACAAGAAAAUAGGAACCCUGAUCUGUUUGUAAAGAAGAGUGACCUGUUCUGCUUCAGCUGGUGUAGUAAAUCAGAGGAAUCAGAAGUCAAAGAAAAGGAUCUAAAAGACUUUAACAUGGGAGUUGCCAACGUGUCAGUCAAACACGCCGACAUGAUGACUACAGAUGUUGAAAAAUCCACCAAACUCUGAUGCUGCUACACUCCAUAAUGAUAGACUGUUCUAUAAUUCACUUCAUUUCAGAGACGCUUCAAUGUAUAUACACAUAAAUAAUAAGUAAAUAUAUUUUCUGCUGCUACAUUCCAAGAACAAAUAAUUAUUCAACAACUACUGGUAUGUGUCCUUAUGUUGACAAGACUUACGUUUGAGGUAAAAGGGAUUUUAGAUGUUUUAGUAAGAAAAGGUACGUGUGGACACAUUUUAGUAUUAUUGAAACUAAACUUUACAACAUUCAAACUCAAAUUCCAUAUUCAAGCUGACUAACUAAACUAAAGUUACAGCACAGUUAAAAAAACCUACAGUAUGAAAAUCUACUGCAACAUGUGGUGCCUUUCCGUAGUGCUAUAACAUUUACGGUGUUGUGUAUUCCCCUAAACAAUAGAGAAAAAGACAUGUAACAUAAACACAAGGUUGCCACAUAUUUUGCUCUGCACUGAUUAACUGCUCUGGCAUCCUGUUAAGCAGUAACAUACCAUGAUUGCCCAUUGUUAAAGUGGCUGCUAGCUCUUUAUUCUCUACAUGAACAUUGUCCUCCUCCACCUUACGCUAAUACAAAAAGGGACAGCACACUAGAUUAGUUUGUUAUUUUACCCUAUGUAUGAUGGCAUUACUGUAAGAACUGUAAGAACAAUGGACAUUUCUUUGAGUAUUUGUUUAUGACUUGAUUAUUUUUAUAUGGAAAUUGUGAACUCUUUACCCAUAUGAAGUAGUCCCAACUACUAUCUGUACUACCCGUACCUGUGUUAAUAAAUGUUUUGUACAAAGUUCAA